AUGGCUCUUAUUGUAGAUGAGGAACGGCCACAACACAGGCACUAUUGUCGAAUUUGCAAAAAAGGUUUUGGUUGUGGUCGAGCUCUAGGGGGUCAUAUAAGAGCGCAUGGAAUCAGCGAUGAUAAUUGUAAUAUGGACAGUGACGACGACGAUGAUCAUACGAGCUAUAAUUUGGCUCCUAACGCUAGUAAAUGCAUGUAUGCACUUCGUACCAAUCCCAAUAGACUCAAAAGCUGUCGUGUUUGCGAGAAUUGUGGUAUAGAGUUCUCGUCAUGGAAAUCAUUCCUUGAACAUGGGAAAUGCACCUCAGACGAGGCUGACUCGGACGCUAGAGAAUCGUUUCAUGGAUCAGACCUUGAGGAAGGUCUCCCUAGAAAAGGCUAUGAACACAAUUGGUCAAAGAGAAAGCGGUCCUAUAGGGCCGCUAAAGUUGGCCCUAAUUGCCCUUGGAGCGAGGAGGAAGACCUCGCUCAUUGCCUUAUUUUGCUAUCAAAUGGAAUAGUAGAGCCUUUUUCUGUUGCCGAGACGGAGGAGUCUUGCGCCUCCGCAAGCAAAGAUGAAGGGAGAAAUCAUCAAUUGAAUCAUUAUAACCAGAGUUACAAGAUCCCUAUUCAACAUGAAAAGGCAAAAUUAGUCACCCCUAAAGGAUUAUUCGAGUGCAAAGCAUGCAAGAAAGUUUUUAAUUCUCAUCAAGCACUUGGUGGACACCGCGCCAGUCAUAAAAAGGUUGCUUUGCAGCCAAACUUGAUCACAUUGAUUUCAAUGCACCAUCAGACCAAGCUCAUACUGUGA